CUAACAUCUUCCUAGUCAGGAGAGGAACCAGAUCCUGAGUGUGGGUGUUCCCACUAUCAGAUCUGGUGAGGAUACUUUUAGUUGGGUUGGUCACUGCUCUGAGAGAUAUACAACCAACUCGGCCUACAAAUUGUUACUACAUCUUAGUAAUCCCUAUCCUAAUUCAAUUUGGGAAAGGAUUUGGAUUUUUCCUUUGGCAGCUUCUUCAUGAAGCCCUUCCCACUAAUGAUAAGAGGCUUCGUUGUAAUCUUUCGACUUUCGGUGCUUGCACGAGGUGUUAAGCUCCUAUUGAGAAUAUCUUCCAUGUUCUAAGGGAUUGUCCUCAUUCGCGAGAAUUAUGGUUAAGGAUGGGUAUUAAUUCUAUGACUCUCCUUACCUGUGCCAAUAGAGUUUCAUGGGUAAAUCGUAUCCUGUCUCAUAAGGAUGUGUAUCUUCUUGUGGCAAUCAUUUGGUGGGCUUGAUUGUGGAGAAACAAUGUAAUUUUUCUGUGUAGAAGUGCAUCUGCAUGAGAUGUUACCCUAUUUGAUGCGGGAAGGAAUUAGAAAUUAGAAAUGUAAACAUUUAUGAGUAGAUUUAAACUUAACCAAAUCCAGUAUAUGCUACUCAUGUGUGUUUUAAUUUUGUUGGUGCACGACUUCUAAUACGUCAUCACAGACCAGACGUGAAAGCAUCUUAUCAAAGAUCCUCUUACCUUUUUCUUUUUAUUCUCUCUCUUCUAAAGUAAACUCAACUCACCAUGCUGCCUGCCUCCUAAUAUUUAUCUAUUAAGACCGAGAGAUCCCGUGAAUCAAUUGCUCCUCGACGUAACUAACAACAUCAAUCGCCUCUUUCACUGUUCACGAUUUUCGUGCCAAAACCAUGAAGCUUGACUGCUCUAACGGCCAGGCUCCUCUCGCCGCCGAUGUUUCUCCGCCGCAGGAAGACGGCUCCGAGGAGGAGAUAUUCGUGCCGCCGCUCAACUUCGCCAUGGUCGACAACGGCAUUUUUAGGGCUGGCUUUCCCGAUUCCGCCAACUUCGGAUUCCUGAAAUCACUCCGUCUCCGUUCCGUAAUGUGUUUGUGCCCUGAACCGUAUCCCGAAACGACUUCGGAAUUUUUGAAGGCCAACGGAAUAAGGCUUUAUCAGUUCGGGAUCGAUGGCUGUAAGGAACCCUUUGUCAACAUCCCAAAUGAUACAAUUCGUGAAGCUUUGAAAGUAGCCCUCGAUGUUAGGAAUCACCCCCUGCUGAUUCAUUGUAAACGAGGGAAGCAUCGCACUGGUUGUCUUGUGGGAUGCAUAAGAAGAUUGCAGAGGUGGUGUCUAUCAUCUGUUUUUGAUGAGUACCAAAGGUUUGCAGGUGCCAAAGCUAGAGUGUCAGACCAGAGGUUCAUCGAAUUGUUUGAUAUCUCUUGUUUGAAGCACCACCCACUGUCAUUUUCAUGCUCCAAAAAAUAGAAUCUGAAAUAAUGGUGUGUUCUAGAAAGUUGCUGCUUCCUCCCAUGGAAUAUUUCCAUGAUGAAGUGAAGUAUAAUGACUAGUCGUUUAUUUUUCUUCACCGAAAAUUAGAGCAGGAAUAGUAGAAUUUUUAAUGAGAUAUUCUGCUUCCUUACGUAUGCUGUGUCGUGGAUUGGAUAGUAGUGAAGGUGAAGGGUUGGAAAUGAGCCUGAGGCUUUAUUCGUGAAAAAUAAAAUAAAAAAAUUGCUUACGUUUGGUUCUUUUA